GUAAAGAUAUUUAAAUAUUGCUUAUGAACCGAAUUAAAAAUGCUCUUAUGACUAUAAUAGUUAGAUCGUCAUCGAAUUUGGUAUGUGAGUAGUUCUAUUCCACUAAAGAUCAGUAAAUAUUGCUAAAUAUUUAAAAUAAAACUUAUGACCAUAAUAAUUAUUAGAUCGUCAUCAAAUUUGGUAUGUGAGUAGUUCUAUUCCACUAAAGAUAAACAAAUAUUGCUAGGGAACCCAUUUAAAAUGGAACUUAUGCCCAUUAUAAUCAUUAGAUCGUCAUGAAAUUUGGUAUGUGAGUAGUUCUAGUCCUCUACUAUCGGUUUCCCUCAGUGCAUUUGAAUCGAAAUAGCCGGCUGAAACAAUUUAUGGGCAGAAUGUGAACGCUAUUACCCAUUUCGAUGGGCCAUGAAUGGGGGGCUACGGAUGUGGAUAUGUGGAUGUGAGCCGCAUUUGCAUUUCAGGCCUUUUGUUUGCUCUGCCUCUGCUCCACAUACAUACAACUAUGCACAAUAGUUGAAGGGCUUUUCUGGCUAAACUCGAGGAGGAGUGAGCGUGUCGACUUUGACACAUAAAGUAGCAACCGAACACAGAGACAGAGACACGCACCCAUGUAAAAGCUAAAUGCUGAACGGGAAUGGGCAAUUUUCGGUUGCAGGCAAGGCGGGCGCCGCCGGCAAGGGUCGUUCGCCAACACCGACACCCAAUCGGCAGCCGGAUGGUGGUGGGGCAACCAGCAGUGGUGGUGCAGCGGCACCCACAGCACCCAGAUCCACACUACAUGCCAACAAAACGAUACUGAAAACGGUAUCCGUGUUCCUUGCCAGCGGCAAGCGCAACUCGAGCAACCAACAGUCGAAGGCCGCCGCGGCUGCCUUGCAGAACAAACGGCAACAGCGGCAACGGAGGAUGGAUGAGCUGAGCGGCAAGGUGAAUCCCAAGCUGCUGGACAGCCUGCGCAAGAAGACGCGCUUCACCAAGGACGAACUGGAUGCGCUGUGCCGGAUCUAUCGCAAGCUGGUGUCCAAUUGCCAGUAUGCGGCCAAGACCCUGGCCUCCAGCUCCUCGAGUGCCGCGAUAGCCAAGCCACAUGCCGCCGUGGAGGGUAUCGAUCGAAUAGUCUUCCGGGAGCUAUUGCACAGCACCUUCGACAUCGUCACCGAGGAGAUACUGAUGGAGCGCAUCUUCUGCAGCUGGGACAAGGCCCACGAGGGUCUGCCCCUGCGUCUCGAGGGCUGGCUGAUUGGACUUUCGACCUUCCUGCGCGGAACUCCGGCGGAACGGGCUGCCUUUUGCUUUCGGGUCUACGACCUGAACACCGAUGGAUUCAUCACCAAGGACGAGAUGUUCACGCUGCUGAGGAACUGCCUGAUUAAACAGCCGCAGGACGAGGAUCCGGACGAGGGUGUCAAGGAUCUGGUGGAGAUUGUGCUCAAGAAGUUCGAUCUGGACAAGGAUGGCAAGGUAUCCAUGGAGGACUUUAUGGGCACCGUCACGGCUGAACCGUUGUUAAUCGAGGCCUUCGGACAGUGUCUUCCCACGGACAGUGCUGUGGUUUCUUUCUUCUCAACGCUGCAGGUGUGAUCUGUUUUUGCUUCUUUAACA